AUGUCACACAACACCGAUUCUUUCCUUACCAGGACCAUUCACGACCUUCUGUCUCUGAAGGGCCGGACGAUAGUUGUCACCGGCGGUGGUCGUGGGCUUGGACUGGCGUUCGCGUUCGCAAUCGCGGAGGCUGGGGGCAAUGUUGCUGUUAUCGACUACAUUGACACGCCGCACGAGCACUACUACAAGUUAGAAAAGGACUACGGCGUGAAGGUCAAGCUUUACAAGAGCGAUGUUACAAACUUCGAGCUCCUCAAGGGUACAUUUAACGAGAUUGUCAAGGACUUUGGUGGAAUUCAUGGCCUAGUUACGGCAGCUGGUAUAUGUGUGGACCAGCCCUUCCUCGAUCGUCCACCAGAAUCAGUUGCUCGUUCAUUCAAUGUGAAUGUUCUCGGGACAUACUACGCCGCCCAGCUUGCAGCCGCGCAGAUGGAUAAGCAGGACCCCUCGCCUCACUCUGGAUGCAAAGGUUCAAUUGUAUUCAUUGCGUCAAUUGCCGCCUAUGUCGCAAGCAAAGGCCAGACGACCAGCGACUACUGCUCCAGCAAGGGAGCUGUAGUAGCACUCGCGAAGUCCCUGGGCGUUGAGCUGGCAGCUAAGAAUAUCCGUGUGAACAGUGUAUCCCCUGGGUAUAUGGCCACGGAUAUGACUCUGGAUCAGUGCCGUCGCUUCCCUUGGUUAGGGGAUAUCAUGAACAACGAGCCUCCUAUGCGUAGAAUGGGUGACCGGACGGACCUGAAGGUCCCGAUUGUGUAUCUUCUGUCGGAUGCGAAUUACUUUGUUAGUGAAUCCAAUGCUGCGGCUGAGAUACUGAAACUACUACGAACCAGUAGAGAAAGUUCCUUGUUGUCCACGGGCUCUUGGGAAACCACGUACUUCCAUUGGCUGUUCGGAAUUGGUGCCCGAGCAUGGGUGCAAAGCCGGCCGAAAAUAGCGCAUCUGCAGGCCCAUGGGGAAGGCGUCAUUGCAUCUCCGAGAUCGUCGACUUGCGGGGGUGGCGGAUGCUUCACACUUUCACCCAUCGGUAUAUCAGCAGCCAUCGUUGUUAUGGAGAAGCCCCCUUCCGAUUCAGAGCACGUUGAGUGCAGCAAGCACGGCGAGAUCUCCCCCGCAGGCGGAAUUGUUCUGAUGGAAAAUGCAAGGGAGCCAUACGGGCCGAGUGGCACUGACUGCGCGAAAGGCUUCAAAGGUGCCUUCAAGAACAAAUAUGUGACCGCGUGCGCUGCCUUCGCAACGCUUGGUGGUGCAAUGUUUGGCUACGACCAAGGUGUUGUCUCGGUCACGCUUACCAUGGAUCAGUUCCUGGAAAUGUUCCCAGAGGUGGCUCCAGGCGCUGCUGGAGCUGGAUUCCAGAAAGGGUUGCUGACGGCCAUGAUCGAGCUUGGGGCCUUUAUUGGCGCAAUGAACCAGGGGUGGAUUGCAGACAAGAUAUCGAGGAAGUGGUCCAUCAUGGCGGCGGUCUUGAUCUUCUUGUUUGGAUCGGCCCUGCAGACUGGAGCGAUGAGCUUUGAGAUGUUGCUGGGUGCCCGCUUCGUUGGUGGUGUUGGGGUUGGCAUGCUGGCCAUGGUGGCCCCUCUUUAUAUUUCAGAGAUCGCGCCGCCGGAGAUCCGUGGAACCCUGCUGGUGAUGCAGGAGUUGUCUAUUGUGAUUGCAAUUGUGGCUGCCUUUUAUACGACUUAUGGGACCCGGUUCAUCGCUGGUGAAUGGUCAUGGCGUCUUCCAUUCUUGAUUCAGAUGGUGCCUGCUAUAAUUUUAGGGCUCGGUGUUCCGUUUCUUCCAUACUCUCCUCGCUGGCUGGCUGGAAGAGGGCGAGGUGAAGCCUCGCUUAAGGCUCUCUGCAAGCUACGUGGAGCCGACGAGAAUGAUGCUCGAGUCCUGCGAGAAUGGAUUGAGAUCCGAUCGGAAGUUGCCUACUGCAAGCAGGCAAGUGCAGAGCGACACCCACGGCUCCAGAAUGGAAGCAUCCUCAGCCGCAUUAUGUUGCAUAUCUGGAGCUAUCUGGACUGCUUUCGCAAGGGGUGUCUGAAGCGGACUCAUGUCGGUAUCGGACUGAUGUUCUUCCAACCUGACAGCGCGGCAGAAUUUGGUGGCGUUAAUGCACUCAUUUACUACUCCCCCAGCCUCUUCGAGGGCAUGGGCCUGGAGUAUGAAAUGCAGCUGAACAUGUCUGGCGUCGUCAACAUCUGUCAAAUGGUGGCGUGCUUCUGGUCCCUAUGGGGCAUGGACCGAUUCGGCCGUCGCCCUUUACUGUUCGGAGGAGCAACAUGCAUGGUCAUCUCUCACCUCAUCAUCGCUGUUCUCAUGAGCCAGUUCAAAGAUAGCUGGCCCGCCCACACAGCUGAAGCCUGGACCUGCGUUGCAUUCCUCUGCUUCUUUAUGUUGACAUACGGUGCAACCUGGGGCCCCAUCCCGUGGGCGAUGCCGGCUGAAAUUUUUCCUUCGUCUCUUCGAGCGAAGGGCGUGGCCUAUUCCACCAUGUCUAACUGGCUCAAUAACUUCAUUGUUGGGCUCAUUACUCCCCCACUGGUGCAGAAUACAGGUUACGGAACGUAUGUGUUCUUCUGUGUGUUUUGUACUUUGUCGCUCAUCUGGUCGUGGUUUUUUGUCCCUGAGACUAAUGGACGCACGUUGGAGGAGAUGGACUAUGUUUUCAAGGAUAAUAUUGGGGCCGAUGAGCAGGCUCGGCGUUCUCGGAUCGAAGCUGAUAUUGCAUUGGGAAUUCGGACCAACAACACUGUAUCGGCUGCGACGGCAUGA